AUGGCAAGUGAUGAUGAGACAGCAAAUGGUUCUGCUGUUGGUAAUUCCAGUGUAGUUUUUGAAGAGCAAGUUGCUGAUGUUGCUAGUGGAGAAGGUAAUAGUUCUGAAGUUAGUGGUGACAAACAGAAUUCAAAUAAUAAGGUUGAUGAGGUUGAUGAGAUAGAAGAAGAUGAGAUUGAGGGAGAAGAUGAUGAGGAUGAAGAAGAACAGGAUCAACCUUCUGAAAUGUCUAGUAUAAUGGGUACACCUAUUGGAGAUCAUGGUUCUGUUGGCAAUGGGAAGCAUAGUGAAUUUAGCCCAAAAAAGAGAAAAUUGGAUAAUAAAAUUAUAGAGAGUACUGAUAGUAAGAAACAAGACAAGGCAGAGAGUCCAGAGAAAGGCAAUAAUACUGAUUCAGGUAAUGCUACUCCAUCAACAACUGAAAAUAAAAAAGUUCCAAGACAUCUUUUAGAAAAAAGAAGAUUAGGUCGUCUUAAAGCUGCUGAAGCUUUUGCUGCUAAAUUGAAGAAGACUGGUAUUGAAAGAGUGGAUAAUAGUCAUUUACAACAAACGGGUUUAUUUGGCCAAAUGCUAUUAGUUAACCAAAAGAAUUGUUCAUCUGAUUACUUGAAGAAAGAUGAUCAAGUUUUUGCACUAAGAGAAAGAAAGACUUUAAGGAACAAUACAACUGUUUCAACCACAGCUAAUACACCAGAUGUAGUUGAUCUAAAAGCUUUGAAUAAUGGUAGUUCUGCCUCAUUAGUGGAUGAAGUUUUGAAUAAGAAUGAUGAUGACAUCGAUUUUAAUGAUCCAACGACAACAAUUGUAAUACAUCCAGGCUCUAGAUAUUUGAAGAUCGGGUUUGCUAAGGAUGAAACGCCGCUGGUGGUUCCUAGUUGUGUAGCCAUUCCAAAAAAUUCUCUGUAUUCUGAAAAUGUCAGAGAAUUAUCAAUUGACAAAAUCGAAGAUUCAGAACGUUUAGUUGGAAUGAAAGCUCAGUUACAACAAAGUUUCAGAGAAAGAAUGAGAUACUACAAGAGAAAAAUCCAACCUAACAGUCAUGAAAGGGUCAGAACUUUUAACGAACAAGCUAAGCCAGAAAUUGUUGAAGAUAAGAAUGACCAUGGUAGAAUCGAAUGGAUCAACAAUUCCGAUAAGAUUUACUUUGGUGAGGAAGCAGAAAGAUGUAACAAAGAAAACUUUAUUAUAAGGUAUCCGUUCAACAAAGGUGGUUCUUUGAACUUGGAUUCACCAUAUUAUUCCUCAUUACCAGAACUAUUAUCUGACGUUACAAGAUUAUUUGAAUAUGCAUUGACAAAAAGGGAUGAAUCAAUUACUCAAGCUCAAAUUCAACAGUGCAAAGUAAUCUUAGUUAUUCCAGAUUUAUUUGAAAAAAGUCACAUAGAGACAUUAUACAGAAUUUUAUUAAAAGAAAUGCAAUUCCAAGCUGUGGCUAUUAUGCAAGAAUCAUUAGCCGCAUGCUACGGUGCAGGUAUCAGUACAGCAAGCUGUAUUGUUAACAUCGGAGCCACCCAAACUACAAUUGCAUGUGUAGAUGAAGGUACUGUUUUGGAAAAUAGUUUAAUCAAAUUAGACUAUGGUGGAGAUGAUAUUACAAGGUUGUUUACACUAUUUCUACUUGAGAACAAUUUCCCAUUUCAAGACUUAGACUUAGAUUCAACACAUGGUUGGACCUUAGCCGAGCAAUUGAAAAAGAAUUAUGCAACCUUUGAGGAUGCAAACAUGACAGUUCAAUUAUAUAAUUUUGUCAAACGUAUUCCGGGCAAGGUAUCAGAGAAAUAUGAAUUCAAAGUAUUUGACGAAGUAAUUCUAGCACCACUAGCUUUAUUUUAUCCUGAUAUUUUCCAAGAAUUGAAAAAGUUGGAUUCUAAGAAUAAGUUCAACCUUGAAGACCAGCUCCCAGUCUCAAGAGAUUUAUAUACUGAUUCAAUUAAUGAUUGGAGGUCCGUUUCUCAACUACAAUGUUUAGAUGGCGACUUAUAUGCGGGAAACACCAAUGAACUCGAUAUUAUAACAAAAGUGUUGAAUAUAAAUAGUAGUACAGAAGAAUAUGAGGGUUUAGAAACCACCGAGGUUGACGGGAGAGAAAAUUAUGUUCCAUUAGAAAAGGCAAUUAUACAAAGUAUUACUAAUGCCUGUGUCAGCAUGGAUGUUUCUAAAAUGAAUCAGUUUUACGCUAACAUUAUGGUUGUAGGUGGUACCUCCAACAUUCCACAAUUAGAUUUUGUCCUUACUGAUCGUAUAAAUAUUUGGAGACCUAAGGCUUUGUGCAAUACAACUUUUCCACAUUUCUUUAAAAAUAUAUCUAAACAAGUCAAGGAAAUCCAAUCAACCAGCAAAGCAAGUACCACUCCAGAAGAAGAAGAAAAAAUUAAACAAUCCAUAAAAGAACUGAUUGAAACAGAAUUGAGAAAAUAUUUAAAUUCAAUAGAAUCUCAAGGUAACGGUGACCACUCGUACCCAGUAGCUGUAUUACCACCUCCUCGAGAUAUGAAUCCAGAAGUGCUAAAUUGGAAAGGUGCCAGUGUAUUAGCACAGAUUAAACUAAUCGAAGAGUUAUUCGUGACAAAUACUGAUUGGGACAUGCUGGGAAGCAGAAUAUUGCAAUAUAAAUGUUUGUUCACUUACUAA